CCCGGGCUCAGGUACCACGGCGGGGUGGGUCUUCGGGGCCGAGCGCGCCCUCCCGCCCGCCCGGGCCCGCCCUCUGCGCCGUCGGCCACGCCCCCCGGCCCCGCCCUUCACAGGUUCAGGCUCAGCGUCCCGUCGCUGCGCGCUCAGUCUGGCUCGCACCUUCCCUCCCGAGUGUGGCCGGAGCGGUUUAGGAGCCCAGCGGAGGGGCUGGAGCGCGGGCGGAGCCUGGGGACACGCGGCCUUGGGGGCCUUCACGCCGACUCGGAGUGGAUAGUGCUGUGAGGUGCCGCGCGGCCGAGCCGGCUGGAUCUGCGGGUAACGGACCGGGACGGAGUGUGCCCUCGGGAGGCGUCCGUGUGGCGCGUCCAGCCCUGGGGCAGCGGCUGGGUUCUUCGGGGUGGCUGGUUUCUCCCCAUCGUGGAAGGGGUUGGAUGAUAUGCCUGGCUCUUCAGGACGCCACACUUGGCUAUAACUUCAGGAAGGCCUCUUAAACCCCGGCUCAUUUCAGAGACCACUUCUGGAAGCUACUUGAGAAAAAAAUGAUGUGACAGAUCCUAUCAGAAAAGGCUUUUCGGAAACAGAACAGCUGUGAAGAAAGUGGCCCUUUUCCCUGUCGCAAAGUAGACAUUCUCCAAUUCCAAAAUGCCAGCCAAGACCCCAAUUUACCUAAAAGCUGCCAAUAACAAGAAAGGCAAGAAAUUCAAACUGAGGGACAUUUUGUCCCCCGAUAUGAUUAGCCCCCCCCUCGGAGACUUCCGCCACACCAUUCACAUCGGCAAAGAGGGCCAGCACGACGUGUUCGGCGACAUCUCCUUCCUGCAGGGGAACUACGAGCUGCUGCCCGGGAACCCGGAGAAGGCGCGCCUGGGCCCGUUCCCGGGGCACAGCGAGUUCUUGCGGGCCAACAGCACCUCCGACUCCAUGUUCACCGAAACGCCCUCCCCGGUGCUCAAAAACGCCAUCUCCCUCCCGACCAUCGGAGGGUCCCAGGCGCUCAUGCUGCCCUUGCUGUCGCCCGUGACAUUUAAUUCCAAACCGGAGUCCUUUGGGCCGGCCAAGCUGCCCCGGCUCGGCUGUGAGCCCGUCGUGGAGGAAAAGGCCCCGGAGAAGAGCAGCCUGUUGGAGAACGGGACGGGCCACCAGGGGGACGUCUCGUGGGGCUCCAGCGGCUCCGCGUCACAGUCCAGCCAGGGCAGGGACAGCCACUCCUCCAGCCUCUCCGAACAGUACCCCGACUGGCCGGCCGAGGACCUGUUUGACCACCCUGCCCCGUGCCAGCUCGUCAAGGAGAAGACGAAGUCGGAGGAGUCCCUCUCUGACCUCACGGGGUCCCUCCUGUCGCUGCAGCUCGACCUGGGGCCCUCCUUUUUGGAUGAGGUGCUGAAUGUCAUGGAUAAAAAUAAGUAACAGACACCGCCCACUCUUGUCCUUCGGGGUAAAGGUAUCAAAAAAUAAAAACUAAACCACAGUCGAAGAGAAGAGCUUCACUGGCUAUGUGUGCAGUUGUGUGUGAUGGGUUUUCUAAACUAAGGUUCCUACGAAAUAUUUUUUGUACCUGUUAUGCCCUGUUUGCAAAAACAAUUAGGGAAAAAAACAAAACAAAACAAAAAAACAACUGUCCUGGCAGAAAGGAAGUGAGUCAGUCAGAACCCAUUUUCGGCGGGUAUUGCUUACGUUCAGCUCACCUUUUUUGUUUCCAGACACGUAAGAACUCUGGCUCGGCCGGGAUUGGCACUAGCUAUGAAGGGCUGCACAAGUCACGUUAAAGAACUUGACAGAACUCCAGCGUUUUCUGAGCAAGAAGUCGUCAAAAUUUAUUUAACACCUAAGCCUUUUUUCUAGACUCUUUUCUAUAUUACAUUAUUUGGGCUCACCGCAGCAAAUUCUUCAGUGUUUAAAACUGUUCUCUGUUUUCACAUUUGAACAAUUGAUGGGUUCGGGGGAUUUUCUCGUAGCUCUUACAUAUCCCUAUAUAUUAUAUCUAUAUCGUGAAAUUUUGACCGUCAGCUACAUGUUGGUAAGACACAAGCAAAGUAUUACUGUAACUAAGUUAUUUUUAAAGUUAAAAUAUAUUUUUAUGUGCCUUUGGCUUUUUAUUCAGAGUCUACAUUUUAUAGAUAUUACAUCAAAUGUUGUCAUUUGACUUGUUUCCAUUGGGGUUCCAUUGUAAGCUGCGUCUGUAUAUGUUUGGAAAAGUGUAUUCGUACUUAGCUGUAUUUCUUUUCUUUCGUCUGUUAGCAUACUUUUCACAGCACCCAACAAUGGAUUGUAAAGCAUAAAGGCACAGGUUACUCACGAUGCUUCUGCAGAGACUGUGGGCUACACCAUAUAAUGUUAUUUGGAAAUAUAGGUAUUUUAGUACAGUACAUACUUGCAUUACAUAGGUACUUCAUGCGACACAAUAAAGAGUAAAUGUUAAAAUGAA